UGCCGCGAACACGUGCGAUCCGCUAGCGCUCCAUCGAUCGCACCGUACAGCCAACGCGCGCGCGCCUCCUUCGGUUCCAUUUGCUCGUUCGACGUGGACUUGGCGGUGCUCAUCCCACACACGCCCGUGUUGUGCACCCUCGCGUAGGGCGCGUACGAACACAAUCCAGAAGGACGGAACGCCUCCGCCCGAGCGGCCCUAGCACAUCAAAACCCUGCAGCGAACGCAUCGAGGCGUAGGCGUUGCGCUGGAUACGCAUGUACGGGCGCGUGCAUUUGGAGCAUGCGUACGUCGUAAAGCUUUGGGCCACGCGAAAGGAUGCUGAUCGUUGUUUGCGCUUCUUGGGCCAGCGGAGGUUAGCUUGUCAAGUUGUUGCCAAAGUGUUUUUGUUGCCCUAGGUGCGUGGGGUGUAAACUUCCGUGCGUGAGUGUGACUCCGGUGAAUGGAGAAGCUGUGAACCGUUAAAAUAAAGGAAGCCCCAGGGGAGAAACUACAAGUGGGUUUUGUUUUUGUUGGCGACCACAGUAUGCGUGUGAGUGUGUGAACGUGGUGUAGUUUGAUAGAGCUCGGAGAAAAGUACGGAAGAGUGGAGUUGAGGAAAAAUCAUCCAAAAAGUGCGACCUGCCAUCCUACGCACGUAGACGCACGCACGGUUUGACAAAACUCACAAACCGAAAAAAAAACCCCGUCGGCUGAUUAAAUAUCCCAAGAUUCAGCGUGUGUGACAGGCGCCUGUUGACGCCCAAACUUUUGGCGUCCCCACCGUCCCGUCUAACCACAAUAUGGAUGUGUGGGCAUCACCGGCGUCGAGGAUUUGUAGCUCGGAACGUUCGGAGCGGUUUCGUUGUUUAAGCGGCCGUUGAAGUUACUGCACAGCGCUCAUCUUGUUAGUGGUCCCGUCCCGAGCGCUCGAUCGUUAUCAACCGUUAUUGGUGAUGCAAUCUACAUCUCGCCGGAAUAGUGUCUGUACAAUUGUGCUCUGAUUUCAAUGUGCAACCGAUCGUUCGAGCUGUAUGGGAACAAGUGUCAGUGACAAAGAAAUAAGGUGGCCAUACGGAAGAAGUGGCUAGUGAAUGCUCAGCUGAAGUUUGAAAGUGAAAGUGGAAGUUGUUGAAGAGAAGAGUUGUAAUUUGGAGCAAGAAUAACUACACAAAAAAAACGCAAAUCUCAACGAAGAUCAACGAGCUGUGGUCGAUAGGAUUUAUCAACAUCGUCUGUAUAGCUAUGUACUACAAGUCACCGGAUCGCCGAUAAAAUCAAACCGGAUACAAUUUAACGGCCACAAGAAGAAAGCGGAUAGUAAGCAAACAGAUCACGAUGCGUCACAACAACAUAGAGUCGAUCAGUGCGAUCACCUUCAACCAGCAACCCUCGAUGGAGGCGUCCUCGAUGGCCGACGCUAACAACAACCACAACGGAAGCAGCUACAUUGGGCUGUCGAUGAUGGCGGCGGACGGUACCGGAACCCUUGUGUCCGAAAUCAAGAAGGAUGAAAAGUAUUCCCUUCGACAGCGGCAGUCACGUCGCACCACGGUAGAGACGGCGAACGUCAGCAAAACGACGACCACCACCAAGGAGAAGGCGACGCCGAAGGAAAAACCUAAGCCCAAAGCGGCCCCCCUUAGCAAGUACCGCCGGAAAACGGCCAACGCACGGGAGCGGAGCCGUAUGCGUGAGAUCAACAGUGCGUUCGAGAAUCUCCGACGAGCGGUUCCGGUUGCCGUGGCCGGUACGAGUGGCACCAGUUCACCCGUCAGCUCACCCCAGUGCAGUGGAAGUGCGGCAUCGAGCGAGAAGCUUACCAAGAUUACCACCCUACGGCUAGCGAUGAAGUACAUCCGGAUAUUAAGUGACAUGCUGCACGGAACACCGCCCGGCACGCUUGAAAACAACAACGACCUGGACAUGAUCAACCAUAACGAGAUCGAGCGGGAAGUGAUGCAGAAGGGGCUGCUACUGCUGGAAGGGGGAUAUUCCACCGGAACUCCGGGAUACAUCUCCUCGUCACCGGCCGCAUCGCCGGUUCGGCAACCUACCGACAAUCCUAAACCAUCGUCAGCAUCCUCCAAAAAUAACUCGCAACAAUCGAGCAGCAGCAGCAGCAGCACCAACUCCUCUAGCAGCGCUCGGAAACGAUCGUCCAGCAAGCGAAGCACGUCCAGCAAUAGUCGCUCCAAAAAAUCCACCUCAUCCAGUUCCACCACAAGCAGCCCCCGAACGCGUGGACGAAAAUCUACGCCCAGUUUACCAACGGUAGAGAAGAAAGACGACGAUAUUCAGCUAACGGCGCCCAGCUUACUACCGGACCCUCCUACCCGACCGGACCCGCUCGGGAUGGAUGUAGAUCUAAGCUCGGUGCUGGAGUCGGACAACGAUUCACUGAUACUGUCCGAACCGUGUCUCAGCCCGCUGACGACCGGUGUCGGACCGGGCGGUCUGAAGUCCCAUCCCAACUUUGCCUGCACCAACAGUCAGUCGGUCGUGCCGAACGAUGGGCUGGAGUUUGGCCUGUUCCUAGAGUCGGACGCUGACUCGUUGCAGCUGUCCGAGCCAUGCCUGAGCCCGCUUAGUCAUCUGGACUCGUUGAACCCGUUCAACGAUCUGCUUCACACCGGUUUCAACGAACAGACGGCUCUGGAGUUGUAUCUAUAACCCCCAGCGCCGAAGGUCACCGGAUGACCCAAACGGAAGUUCCAGAUUGUGCAUAUGUUUAUUUGUUCUUAGAGGAGCGUAUAUAGGAUUAGCGGUUAAAGCCCAGUGUCAAUGAAAGUCCCAGUAAUUUAUUCUCACCGUGUCAUAUUAGUUAGGAAACAAAAGCAACCACGCCCGGGCGCCCGGACAUCGACCACGCAGAAAGAAGAUCAAAACUGGCCGCCGGGUCGUAUUUGCCGUGCGGUAGCAUCCGGCGCACAGGUGUACCGUGACUUCCAUACAAACCAUUUGCCAUCAAUUUUUUGUUUGUAGUCCACUCAUCCACCUCCAGUUUCACUUUUUAACUAACGAGAGCUUUGAGUGGACCUGUUAUUUAGUUAGUCUAACAGAACGGUGUGUGUGUGUGCCUUUUGAAUGCCUCCUUCAUUUGAAUUAGCUCACGAAGCCCCAACGACGCGCCAUUAACGCACGCGACUAAUCCGUCACGAACUCGAUAAGUUCCGCACACAUUGGUGCAUGCAAAUUCUCCAUUCUCCAGCAAUCAUAAUAGACCCUAAUAGGCUAUUUGUCACACUCAUUUAUCGUCCCGCGGUUCAGUUUGAUUUAUGUCCACACCAACUUUGGUGGAUCGUGCACGUCGCUUGCUCAUCCUUCGCGUGAAUCUCGAUCGAUCAUGUUUAAAGGGGAUUGGUGCUCAUUUGUGACGCGAUAUCAUCACAUUUAUUUACAUUGCUUAUCUUGAAUGUGUUUUCAUUUCUUUGUAUGCCAUUUGUGACCUCCUUUUUAAUAAUAUGCAACUUGAAAGCGAACGCUGCUCUUGCAACUGUCAGUGUCAUUCUGCAUUUUAAUUGGAUCAAUGCUGAUCGCCAAAUUGAGGGUGAAUUUGAUCCAACAAAUCACAAUUCCGAUUUUCCUUUAUUGUCCAAUUUCGCAAAACCCUGGUAGCGGUAGAACAAUCCAUGAAUCAUGCCCGCUCAAUUCCCGUUCAUACACCGAUACUUCAUGGCUUAUCGCGAUGACCAUCCAUUCCGGCCCCUUGGUUAUGACUCCAAUUUUGGACCUGCUAGCAUUUCAAACCCGUUCGUUAAAGCUGGCUUAGUUCUGUACGGCAUAACUUCCACCUCACACAUGCCCUGUACGUCAAACAUAGCGAGGGGGACCUUUGACGAUUGCCUGUCCGGAGCCGUAGGUUGCAUAAUGCAUCCAGCACGUGGAACAACGACGCCACCACGAGAAUAGAGCGAACCUCGGGCACACACCUGCAACAACAGCUUCGCCAGCUCACAGUUGGUAGGGAUAGCCACCCCCACAAUUCUGAACAAUCCCCUAGUGGGGGGGUGUACCGGGUGCCUCCCACCCUUACAACCAUUAGAAAACUGCAACGUGCCAAUUGCCGGGUUGAUCUGAGGUAGAUGAUGUUGGUUUAGAGUUGGUUGUGCAGUAGACAAUUGCGCUGCCACGUUUGCCAGUUGCUUUGGGGAUGAUUAAUAGCGGACACUAGCAAAUGCUUAGCAUCAGCGUCGACAGAGAACGGAACGUGUGCGAAUGGUGCUCAGCACGUGGGUAGGCGUUACUAACUGUAACCUACCGAAGUGUAACGAAGUGGAAACCACUGACCAGGCACCUGUUGCAGGGCGGCUAUUAGGGGACAUAAAAUGGUGCUGCUCCUACAGACCUACAGCUACUUUGAUGUACAUCGCCAAGAGCCGCCAUUAUCGAAAACGAUGCAGAUGGAGAUUUUGAUCUGAUUUUUUUUAAAAUGCAAUUUUUUUUUGCAUUUCUGCUUUUUGGCCUGUAAAUCAAUAUAAAAUUAAUCGCAAUACAUUUAAUCAAUCCCGGUUGUGAGCGUAACGUCCGUCAGUAGCGUUAUGCGCUUAACGCUCUCCCUCUGUGUCUCUAUCCCAAGCGGUCCAAAACUGGUAGCCCGACUGAUGCAGACCAAACAGCAGGCCGCAAGAGUUGCAUUAUCAUAAAGUCAAUCUCAAGAUUUGCCAUUUUCAACCUUUCACCGAGAGUGGCUACAGAUUUGGUCAUCUUUCGCCCAAAGACAGACUUCCUUCCAUAAGCGAUCGGUUGCGUUUGCGGCGAUCAUUUCACUUUUUGUCCCUGAGAAACCAUGCGUACAUACAUUGUAUUAUGUGUCAUGCAUUACAAAUUCUAUUGAACGAUCGCUGUGGUGGGAAACUGUUUUUACUACAUUGCAGACCUGCGUCAUACACGUGCAUUAUGAUAUAGCCAUUAUUAUCGGCCAAAUCGGUCCAAAAACGGUAAGGACAACCUGUCUUUCUAAGGUUGACCAGCGGAUUGAGAGGACGCUGAAUCGGUAGCCUUGUUUUUUUUCUCUCUCUAUAUCGUCUGUUAGGUGAAAUAAUGCAUGCGGCAGGUUAAAGAAGCUAAAGAAAUACAAUGUCAUUCCUCGAAAGACUCAGACAACUAGACAUACUAACAAUCAAACGACAAUCUCAGCAGAAAAAAGCCCAACAAAACAUCACUUAGUAGCCUAAAGAAGUCAUAAGGUUAAUGUCAAACAUUGUUUAUAAAAAGUUAUCUCUUCGAAGUCUUUAUUAAUCGAUUCCAUACGGGCACAUUCCAGUAAAGCUUAGGUGAAACGCACACUCUAGUGUAUGACAUAUGACACUACUUCAGCUAAAUCGUAAUGCAAUACUUCUUUCUUCUACAAGUAGCGUAUGCAUUUGAAAGUAGACUAAUCUAGAAGAUUCUCCUUGCGAUGCCCCGGUAGUGUAGCGAUCCACCCAACCAUCGAUUGGCUUUUGUAUCAUCUCGUUUUUCUUUGGAGCAGCUUUGGAGAAAAUAAUCGAGCAACAGGACUGUUGUAGGACUAUGUCAACAGGAAACCAAGGAUAAAGUGAGAUCGCUGUAUAACUUUGAUUCUGGCGUCAGAACAUGUGUUCAAAUCCUGGAAAAAUCCUGGACUAGAUAGAAAUUAUUGUUCUGAGCUCCCUAUCUCAGGUGUCUCAGAUAAAGUCGUCUAGGGACCCCUUAAAUUCGAGCAAAAUUUAAUCCAUUGAUCACCGUCCAAGAUUAGUCUAUGUCUCCAAUGCAAACGUUAUGUUUAAGCUCUGCUUCAAUCUUCUAAUCGUUCUAAUAGAUUCUAAAGCUCCCCAGGCAGCUUACUGUAAGAUAAUAGCCAUGAGCGUGUAAAGGUCUAGUUCUUUUCUAGUUUUUAUCAAGCACCACACAAUAAGGCCAGCAUGUUGUCUGUGUGAAAUCUGUGCCCAACAAGAGCAACUACGUGUAAACUAAUAAAGUGUAGAAGUGAGUAGAGCGUAUCAAUGUCCUAGCAAAACUAUGUGUGCUUCACAGUUGCAUGAUAAGGAGUAAGAAUUGGAAAUAGUAAACGAAACAGAUAUAUUUUAUACAAA